AUGACCACUGACGCCGGGGGGGAGGUGAUGUGGCCCAGCUGCCCUGGGGCAACAAGGCAGCUUGAGGAGGCAACGUGUGACGGUUCUUGCCACACAGGAAGUAGCGUCUCUGCGUCAGCUCUGUAACGGACGGCGUACAACGUUUCCUGUUAGAACCAAAGGUGGAACGUGUUUGACAAACAGGCCCGACUCCCUGAAGACUCAUCAUGGUGCCAAAUUCAACAGCUCCCCUCCAGAGGGGUCCAGAGGAGUCCAGAGUCUGCCGUCCAGGGCUGAGGGGUCACGGUGCCCCAGCUGACCCGGGGUCAUUGUUGAAGGACCCCGGCCUGAACAUAAACAUUAUAUUUAAUUACAUUAUUAUUAUAUAUUUUUUUAACAUUCACGUCAACGGUUGAAAUGCCACCAGGCUUAUAGUUCCACACGUGACCAACAGAGGGAGCCAGACACCAGACUGUGUAUUAAUGUGCCGUCAGACGUUUAUUGAUCUGCAGCAUUUAAAGAAUGUUGUCAGGUCGUUAAUUGUCGGUCAAUAAUACAGCUCACACCUCACAGAGAGGCGGGGUCUGACCUGUGACGUCACCACCGUGCUUUUAUUAACAAAAUAAAAUGUUCUUGAUUAUUAUACUCACUGUUAAUAUAUAGGCCACACUACUACAGGUAUGUUUACUAUUUCAACAUAUAGAUUUAGAUAUAAGUCAAAUAUUACAAUAAAAUAUAAACAGUAGAAUAACUGUCAUUCAUCUGAACAACGUGGGGGGGGGGGCAGGAGGGAUCUAUGGACGACGAUGGUGUGGAUUUAUAAUAAAAUCUGAAAUAAAAUGAUGAUAAAAUGUGAUUCAGAUGUUGUUUUUAUGUCGUCAUCAAACAGUGUUUAUAUUUAUGUUUUAGCUUUAUUUUUAAAUAAAUACAUUGGGACAGAAUUAGAGAAACGGCCGUCAGUCUUUUGGUCCACAAUGAACCGACUGGUAAAAGUUGUGCUCCACAAACUUGGCCCACAGUGGGUUACUGUCCAACUCUCGUGGUCGCCCUCCCCGUCGACGUUACGUUACGCAGCCGUGGCGCCGCUGCCUGUUUGAGCCAGAUAACAUGGAGUCCUGCACAGCCUGGCAUCUCCACGAGAUCCGGGCGAAAACGGCGAGCGGCCGCUGAAAACACCAAGUUUUCCCCCCGCGCUGGAGCAGCGACAGCCCGGCGCCCACGUCGAGUCGGGGCUGGAAGCCUCGGCUGCGUCCCGGAAACAUGACGAACUGCGCCUGAACAGUCGCCGCGAUCCGCAAACAGGGCCGACUUCAAUCCAGAGGAAGCUGCACAAUGUAGGCCGUCUGGUCAGCAGUGGCAGUCCACACACUGUCCUCUGGGGGCGCCAUGGAGCCAGAGGGACCACUGACCCCAGGGUCCAGUUAUGGACCCCCGUCUCUUGACUCAGCACAAAGCAUCCUCAGCUGCACCUUACAGUCUUCACAUCAUCCUGAGGAGACGGACGCCCUCACGUCUGCUGGGAGCUCCUGGGACCAGGUGGGGGGCGAGGGCUCCGUCCAGGGGGAGGUCACAGAGGUCAGUACAGACCUGGGGAGGUCUGUACUGGGGGGCUUCAGGUCCUCGGCCUUUCCCUCCUCCCUGAACUGGGACUCUGACUCAGAGAAGGAAACACUGGAUGAGGAGGAGCUCCAGCAUCUGUCUAACCCUCAUGGUCUGGCUGCUCACAGCCCUGGAUCUCCAUCUUCUGGACUCAGACGUGAUAAUGAAGAUGACCCAGAAAGGCAGAACGUGCAGCUCUUACAUGGUGAGCUGACUGUGUGUCACCCUGGGGGGGGGCACCGUGAUAACAACAGUGAGAGCACAAAGACAGGAGAGUCAGCUGGAGCUCAGCUUGGCCAAGUUGAAUCGGCAGACGCCAAGAUCUGGAAUGUAUCUGAGGGAGCGGAGCUAUUUCUACCCAAAGUAAAACCAAAGGGCGAUUGCCAAAUGGAGGAGCGGGAGGUGGACAACAGUGUGGGAGACGAGGGAGAGGGGAGGCCCAGUGGGAGGGAAACAAAGGAGUGUGACACAGACGUGUACACCUUCCCCGGAGACUCGGACCCUGAGAGUCCGCCUCCUGCCCCCUGGGCUCACUGCACGUUUGUUCAGCGGUGCAGAACCAAGCGAGUUCUGCUGCGGCCUUUCUCCGGACUCGGCUCCUCAAACAGCACGUUGGCCGACGACGGCCAAGAGACGGGAGCCGCGCUGAACGAAGACGGAACCGUUUUUGACUUCGAUGCUGACGUCCUCAGGAAGGAGGCGACAGAGGAGCAGAUAGAGUUCAGAGGAGACAGAGAAGAAGAAGUAGAAGAAGAGAGCGCGGCCGGAGCGGUCCAGGAAAUAUUCACCUGUGUGGAAUGUAGCAUUUACUUCAACAAACAGCUCCACCUGCAGGAGCACAUGGUUGAACACAGCCAGAGGGGGCCAGGGGGCGGGGGCGGGGGCGGGGGCCACGUUGAGGAGGCCAGUCAUUUUCAGUGUGUGGAGUGUGGAUGGGAGCUUCCUGAUGAGGAGGCUCUUUCAGAGCACCACAGGAGGCACGAGGAGUCGCGGCUGAAGAUCCUGGAGGAGAUCCAGAAACUGAAUGAAAAUGAAAAACCAACGGAGCCCCAGAAAACCGACGUCGGUCUGGAGGGAGGUGUGAAGUCAGACUCAAAUGUUUCAACGCAAGAUUCAAGUCAAGUCCUAACACCAGGUGAAGAGACAGUACCAGAGACGGUGCCCCCCCCCCCUCUGUCCCCUCUGCAGGCUGUGAAGACGACGGUCGUCCCGGCCGUUGUGUUUUCUGAUUCGACUUCUCCAAACUCGGUCCGACCCAGCGUUCACGGUCGGGCUGGCUUUUCUUACCGCCGUCGCUUCGCCUGCACCAAGUGUAGCUUCAAUGGAAAAACCUCCCAGGCUCUGGCCAACCACUCCAAGGUCCACAACAGGAACAAGACCACCCCCCCCACCGACCCCACCCACCCCACGGCCUCCGCCAGUGAAGCCGCGCUGAGGGAACACCAGAAACGUUCUCACCCGGGCCCGUCGCCCGGCGGCAGGUCGCUCACUUCCUUUGAAGAUGGAGUCGGACCAGAACAGGAAGUUACCAACAGGAGGAGGAGGAGGAGGACGGCUCAGCUGCAGGAGUCAAACGCCACACCAGGACCCGGUCCGGCUCAGGUGAGUUCUGACUCUGACCAUCCUGGUCACUGCACCUCCAUCACACUAGAGUCAGAUAAACAGAGUUCCUCGAUGUGGAGGAGCGUGAAGGAGAACCACAGUCCAGAGGUGGAGGAUGAUGGGAAGGUUCUGAGGAGGAGCACCAGAGUCAGCACCGCUGCUGCAGAACCAGACGGCGAUGACGACGGCGAGGCAGCCGAGCAGAGUUUCCUCGUAGAAGAAAUAUCUGACGAAGACAACGACGUGAACGAUGAGGAGGCGAAGGCGCUCAAGAGCGUGGAGAGGAAAUGCCCCUACUGCCCCGAUCGAUUUCACAACGGCAUCGGACUGGCCAAUCACGUGAGAGGUCACCUGAACCGAGUGGGUGUCAGCUACAACGUGCGUCACUUCAUCUCCCCUGAGGAGGUCAAAGCCAUCGAGAGGAAGUUCUCCUAUCAGAAGAAGAAGAAAAAAGGUCAGAGGUCACUGAGGGUCAUUUAA